AUGCGCCAUGAGGUUUGUCAUGUCUCAGUCAUCUACAGUAACGUUGUCAAGGAUGUUACGAUAAACUUCGGCCUGAUCGCUUGGAAGAGUUUCAACGUACUCAUCUGGUACAAUAAUCUGACGUUCUUCGAGAGCUCAAAUCUCUUCAUCAAGCUGUUGAUGCUGCUUGUCAAUCUGUCGAAGCUAUUCAAACUGGUAAACGACGCUGAUCGUCAAGCGAUUGACACUGUUCUUGUAACUCUCUUUCAUGACUUCACAAAAGAGACAUUUUAUGUUCACAUUUUGUUUUCAUAUCUCUUACUGAAUAACCUCAACCUAAUCUGUUAUGUCGUCGAAUUAACCUUCACCUAAUUUGUUAGAUUAACAUCAGGCUAAUCUGUAAGAUUGAAAAUGUAAUCACUUGUCAAAAAGUUGAAUGAUGACCAAAAAAACUUUGAAUGCACUAAGAAAAUUUUGAUUGACAGGAAGAAAGUUUGAUUUCCAUUUUUGAAAAUCUUAAAUUUUAAACAAAAAUCACUGCAACUUAGCAUGGACAAAUAUUCUUGGCCAAAAUGACAAAAAGAAAUGAGUUUGUGACAUUUAUUUUUACCUUUCGGUCAAUCUUUUUUAUUAUACGGAUUAAUACUUUCAGUUUUUUUUUAACACUAAAAUUAAC